AUGUAUGCAUUUGGAGGAUCAAAUGAUACUGGUUCGGUUUUGCUUAAACAGAUGGCUAGACAUGAUGGUGAUGGUGUCGAUGGUGAUGACGACGAUGUUGUUGAUGGUUACGAUGAUGAUACUGCCGAUGGUGAUACUGAUGAUGAUAUCAAUGAUAAUGAUGGUGGUGUCGCUGAUUUCAAUGGUAGUAGUAUCGGGCGACGAUGA